UGUCAGACAGCAGACAUGGCGGAGUACAGCCUGGCGGGCCUCCUGGCGGCUUUGCUCCUCUUCACGGCUCUGACGGUCCGGGACAUUUAUCUCGGUAGAUCGAGCCCGCAGCACCAGCCGGUCGACAGCCCCGGCCUCCCCCCGGGUGCCACGCCGUACGCGGAGACCGGGAAACCCACCAAGUCCUCCCUGUACACAGGGCCCGUGCUGAAGUUUCAGUACUGCAUCUCCUGAGGUUACAGUAAAGUGUUCCAGGAGUACUCUCGAGCUAUCAGCCAGCUGUACCCGGACAUCCGCAUCGAGGGAGAAAACUACCCUCCAACCCCCUUCAACAGGUGUCUUGGGAACCUGAUCUCCUACCUGAAGCUCCUCUCCAUCCUGCUCAUCGUCAGCGGUCAGAAUCCUUUCAUCCUCCUUGGCCUUGACACCCCCAGGGCCUGGACCUGGAGUCAGGACAACAAGAUUUUCUCCUGUCUGAUGGCCUUCUUCCUCUGUAACAUGAUGGAGACUCACUUCCUGUCGACAGGAGCCUUCGAGGUCACUCUGAACGAUGUCCCCUUGUGGUCAAAGCUUCAGUCGGGUUACGUCCCGAACAUCCAGGAGAUCUUCCAGAUCCUCGACAACCACCUGAAAAUGAACCAGGUGGAUCCCAUGAGCUUCUCCUCCACAUAGAGCUACACACACAGCCGUGCUGCGUUCAGGUGUCCCGGCUCAGUGGGACGUUCAGUCGCUGGCGUUCAUGAAGGUUCGGCCUUAAAGCAGACUCUGCGAGGCCCAGCCGGAUGUCCCCUGCCACGAAAGGAGCGCUCCCUCUGCAUCGGAUCACAGCUCGGCACGACAGUACCCAUAAUGCACCAGUCAACACGGGUGGACUCGUCUGUGCUCAGACUGACGACUCUACUGGAGUCUACUGGUUUCUGUUGGCUCAGUUUGAUUUUAUUUAUUUAGUUUGAGGUCCAGUUUGUUUAGCACAGAGUAAAACUAAGGUACUAUUGUUAGCUUCAUGCUAAUUAGCCUCUGUCUGUCAGUGCCAGACAGGGCCUAGAGUAAUAAACAGACAAGUAAUGAGUAAUUAAAUCUGGUUUAUAUGACAAUGAACUGUUGAACUUUUUUAAUGAAUGUCGUUACGUUGAGUUUAUAAAAUGUCUAAGAAUAAAACUCAUCAACAUGAAACCAAUGUGAGGCUUUUAAUGUAUCAGCAGUUUUUAUUUGGUAACUGAUUAAAGUGAACAGAUUCAAACAGUCA